CUUUAAAAAAAAAUGUUGACAAUGUAAAAACCAGACAUGAGAACUAUUAGUACAACUCUACCGAGUCUAAGAACAGCAGAUACAAUUACACAGAGAUAUCAACGCAGAACACGGAUAAAAGACUAUUUGUGCUAAAUUUUGAGAUUCGACUCGGUUGGUAUUACGUUCUUACGAUGCAAUUCUUCUUGUAACUUGAUUGUCUGCUAUCAUUAUGUUAGAGGGAGGUACAACACAUUCUGCAUUUUUUAAUGGCAUGUAGAGGUUUUUCUUCUUCCUUUUCCGGCCAUGAUGAAUUAUAUUGUGUUGAGAAUCAUGGACGAGGACUAUGGAGUUUUGGGAAUACUGAAAACGUUAUCAAACUGCUGUAUGUAUGGUGGGUAUUUUCAACUGUUGGUGUUUGUUUGGCUUUGGAAAUCUGAUCUUGAUGUUUUGGCACUCAUUCGAUGUUUUCCAUUCAUUCAAAAUCUGUUCUCGAAAGGGCAGUAAAGAAAUGUAAGUGAAAAUGCUUACCACUGGCAAUGCCAUUACGGUAGACAUAGACUGAAUAACGCUGCACAUUUUUCACACUCCGACUAAAAUCAUAAAUAUGCCAUUGCCAUCCACCAUUGAUACAAAUCUCACAGCAUUAUGUGGAGGGGGGCAGUUAAAGGAGGAGUUGCACAUUCUGCUUAGUACACACAUUUCCCCUGAAGACUACAUAUUUUCAAUUAUUGAAAACCUGUAUUACGCUUUGACAAGGGUUAAAGUUCCACUCUUUCAUCGCUUACAGGCGAUUUGCAUUUGCUAUGCGAACGAGUUUUCAUAAUAAGCUUAUUCACGUGUAUGUUAAGUGCGGAAGCUUGGUAGAUGCUCGUAAAGUGUUUGACUACAUGAAAGAUCAAGACAUCGUCUCAUGGAAUACGAUUAUUGCAGCGUACAGAAGACAUGGGAGUCCUCAAGAGGCCGUUACACUGUUUCACCGUAUGCAACAAACAGGUCUUCAACCCGAUCAGUUUACGUUUGCCAGCGUACUCCCAGCCUGUGCUAAAAUGGGAGAUUUGGAACAGGGUAUGGAUAUCCAUAAAAGCAUAAAGGACCGAGGAAUUUUGUCAGAUGUUGUAGUUGCAACUGUCCUGUUAGACAUGUAUGCCAAAUGUGGGAGAAUAGACAAGGCGCGCGAACUGUUUGACAAAAUGCCUCAACGAAAUGUGAUCUCAUGGAAUGCUAUGAUUGCAGGAUAUGCAAACUGUGGAAGUAUAGAAAAGGCUCGUGAACUGUUUGAAAGAAUGCCUCAAAGGGAUGUGGUCUCAUGGAAUGCCAUGAUUGCAGGAUAUGCAAAAUGUGGAAGCAUAGACGUGGCACGUGAAGUGUUUGACAGAAUGCCUCAAAAAAAUGUCAUCUCUUGGAAUGCAAUGAUUUCAGGAUAUACACAAAAUGAAUUUCUUGAAAAGGCUAUAGAAAUAUUUAAGCAAAUGCAAUUGACAGGAGUAAAGCCAGACUCCACAACCUUCGCUAGCGUCCUCCCUGCCUGUGCCAAACUGGGAGAUUUGGAACAAGGUAUGGACAUCCAUCAGAGCAUAAAGGAUAAAGAAAUUUUGUUAGAUAUUGCAGUUGCAACUGCCCUGAUAGACAUGUAUGCAAAAUGUGGAAAACUAAACAAGGCACGUGAACUGUUUGACAGAAUGCCUCAAAGAGAUGUCAUCUCAUGGAUUGCAAUGAUUGUUGGGUAUGCACAAAAUGGGUUUGUUGAAAAAGCUUUAGAAACUUACAAGCAAAUGCAAUGGGCAGGUGUUAAACCAAAUUCCGCAACCUUUGUCAGCAUCCUGCCCGCCUUUGCCAAAGUGGGUGCUUUGGAACAGGGUAUGGACAUCCAUCAAAGCAUAAUUGAAGGAGGGUUUUUGUCAGAUAUCAUAGUUGGAAACACUCUGGUAGAUAUGUAUGCAAAAUGUGGAAGCAUAGAUAAGGCUCGUGAACUGUUUGACAGACUGCCUCGAAGAGAUGUCAUCUCAUGGAAUGCAAUGAUUGCAGGAUAUGUGCAAAAUGGUUUUAUUGAAAAGGCUCUUGAAACUUUCAAGCAAAUGCAAUUGGCAGGUGUAAAACCAAACUCCACAACCUUUGCCAGCAUCCUCACUGCCUGUGCCAAAAUGGGAGCUUUAGAGCAGGGUAUGGGCAUCCAUCACAGCAUAGAGGAUAGAGAAGUUUUGUCAGAUAUUGUAGUUGCAACUGCCCUGGUAGACAUGUAUGCAAAAUGUGGAAGCAUAGACAAGGCACGUGAACUGUUUGAUAAUAUACCUCAGGGAAAUGUGGUCUCCUGGACUGCAAUGAUUGGAGGAUAUGCACAAAAUGGAUUUGUUGAAAAGGCUUUAGAAACUUUCAAGCAAAUGCAAUUCACAGAUGUAAAGCCAAAUUCCCCAACCUUUACUUGUGUUCUAUGUGCAUGCAGCCAUGCAGGUUUAGUGGAUGAGGGCUGCAAAUACUUUGAUCACAUGAUUAACCCCUAUUGCAUUACACCUACAAUUGAUCAUUAUGUGUGCAUGAUUGAUCUUCUUUCCCGUGCUGGCUAUCUUGAGGACACCCUAAACUUUAUCAUUAAGAUGUCAGUUAAACCUGUGGCGGAUGUGUGGAUGUGUUUCCUUGGUGCCUGUAGAUCACAUAUGAAUAUAGGCUUAGGAGUAUUUACAGCAGCACUGCUUUUUGAUUUGGAUCCUAAAAAUGAGGCAACUUAUGUUCUUCUCUCAAACAUCUAUGCAGAAGUGGGCAGGUGGGGUGAGGUUCAAAUGGUAAGGAGAUUGAUGAAAGAUAGAGGAAUUAAAAAGAUCCCAGGAUGUAGUUGGAUUGAAGGCCAAAAAAUGGUACAUGCUUUUUGUGAGGAGACGGAUCAGAUCCACAGACACAGGAGAUCUACGCAAAGUUGAAGGGAUUGGCUUUGGUGAUUUUGUGUGUAAAUCAUCAUCACUGUUUAUAUAUACUAUUGGAGUAUCUGUGAAAGACCUAGUUUAUGAUGAUAUGGAUGUUUCAUUGAGUUUUCCUAUGAAUUCUGCGUAUGUAUAGAAUGAAAAGAUGGAGGAGGCGAAGAAAGUGUAAAAACAAAAGGCAAAGAACACUACAAGUAAAUGGAAAGAUGUUCCAUCAGUAGAAAAUGGUAGAGGAGGGUUCACAAUUAGCCUUCCCAUUUUAUAUUGUUCUUU